CAUUAUUUAAUAUAUAUUCUAAUAUCCAUAUGUCGAUUGAAGUAGCAAAAGCUAUUGGAUUUGAAACAGAUGAAGUCAAGGCGUUAUGUACUGAUAGAGAUGCAAUUUUAUAUUCUCUUGGUAUUGGAUAUAGCUCUGAUCCAAUGAAUGCAGAGGAACUUUCAUAUUCAUACGAAUUGCAUGAAGAUUUCAAAGUUUUCCCAACCUACACUACAUGUCUUCACAGAACUGACAUUUUUAAGGCUUUAACAUCAUGUCCAGGUAUUCCAAACUUUAAUCCAAUGAUGUUAUUACACGGAGAAUAGAGAAUUUAAGUCUUGAGACCUUUGAAAACCGGAGUGGAAUAUGUAACUAAAGGAAAAAUAGCCAAUGUUUCUGAUAAGGGAAAGGGAGCAUUAAUUUAGUUCGAUUUAUUAAGUUCUGAAAUAGAUGAUUAAGGCAAGAAAACAUUAGCUUUUGUCAAUACAUUAUCUCUAUUUAUUAGAGGAUUGGGAGGUUUUGGACUUAAAGGAAAUCCAGUUGAAAACAUUCCUGCUCUUCCUAAAAGGCCUGCAUGCAAAGAAGUGAAAUAGGUCACAACACCAAAUCAAGCUAUCAUAUACAGACUGUCUGGGGAUAUUAACCCAUUGCAUAUUGAUCCUAAUAUGGCAGCAUUAGGAGGAUUUGAUAAACCAAUUUUACAUGGAUUGUGCACAUAUGGUAUUUGUGCCAAAGCUGCCAUUCAGACAUUCACUUAAGGAAAUGGUGAUGCUCUUAAAAAUAUGGCAGCCAGAUUUACUUCUCAUGUUUUUCCAGGAGAAACCUUGUUGAUUUCAUUAUGGAAGGAAGGAACCAGAGUUCAAUUUUCAGCUAGAACUUAAGAAAGAGGAUUAGAAGUAAUUGUGGGUUUUGUAGAGUUUAAUGAGAAAGCUAAAUUAUGAAAAUAAUUAUAAAAAUAAAUAAACUAGUGGAUAGUCAUUUAAUUUAAAUAAAA